AUGUUUCUAUUUUCAGGUUUGCUCGAUGUCCCAAUUUGCAUUGUUGUUGACAAUGUAGAUCCUCCAUCACGACCGCAAACAAAAUCUUCUCGGUUGUGGACCGGAUCGCUAUCCAAUGUCGACCGUUUCAAAGGACUAAAACAAUUCUACAAAGAGAAAGUUCUACCAAAACAUGGCCCGCUUGCCCAGAUGGAGUCAUGGCGUGAAGAACUACACAAUUUUACCAAUCAGUUAGGUUUCAGUCCAAGCUAUGUACUGCCAGGACGCCUUCAAGAAGGCCUACCUGAAGCAAGAUCCCGCACAGGGGCAAACAUGUAUUCGUCAGAGACAGGUCGUCUUAUACCACCACCAUCGAGAGCCAUGUCUAGACAAGGGCCAAGGCAUAGUCUUAAGGAAAGACUUUUCAACCAAAUGUCAGAGCAGUCGUACCAAACAGAAAUGGAAAACCAGGUAUUAACCAUGUUGUGUCAGAUUCUAAAUACGGAUGAUGUGAACACUGUCCAAGGUUGGUUAAUGUGUGCUGGAGACAAAGAGCGCACUUUAGUGAGUGAGUUAAUCAAGGCAGCAAUUGGUAGUCAACUGGAAGAGGCUACCCGUCCACCGGAAAUAGCUGAUCAUAGAUCCAAACCAGAAACCUCACUCCCACCAAUCAUGGAAACAGGAAAUAUCGAAAAUGGCCAGGUAGAGAAUAAAAGGACCACGCACAAAGUUGAUAGAUUAAUCUUGGAGACACCGCGUCCCAUUACUGGAAUGCAAAAAGGUCUAGAAGAAAAUUCUAUUAGAAGAUCAAAUAGAAAAAAGCAAGAGAUUAUUGAAUCAACUACACCUGCCGUUUAUGAAUCUCAAGAUAAAACAGCCUUGGACACAAUAAAGGCUCCAGUAACAGAAACCUUUCGACGAAUGAAACAGGUUCCAGUCGAAAGACUGACAAAUCCAGAUAUCAAAUCCAAUGGACGCCAGCAUGAAAUUACGUCACCAGAAGUUUUCUUAAUAUCUUCCUUUUUUUUCUUUCUUCUUGUAUCAAUAAGCUUAGCUUCGUAUGGCACAAGACCACAAGGUGAGGCACGCAAUUUGGAUAAAUGUUACUACAAUAGGCCUCGAAGCAGGCUUCUUAGAUAUUAUUCCCUCUCUCAAUUGGUAAUGUUGACAUUCUCAUAUUUCUUUCUUUCCAGUGAUCAUUCCUUUCACAUUUUCUUUGUACGUUUUUUUUCUAUUCAUUUCUUUCUAUAUACGUUCUUUUCUUCUUUUUUUCUUUCUCUGUGCGUUUCUUUUCUUUCUAUAUACCUUAUCUCCACAGGCAUUUCUUUUCUUUUUUUUCUACCUUUCUUUCUUUCUUUCUUUCUUUUUUUUUUCUUUUUGUACGUUUUCUUUUCACUCUCUGAGCGUUUCUUUUAUUUUCUAUUCUUUGUAUAUUUUUCUUUUUUCUGGGUUCCUUUCUUUACUUUUUCUUUCUCCAAGCGUUCUUUUCCUUUCUUUCUUUGCACAUUUCUUUCUCUUCUCCUCGAAGUUUUUUCUUUCCUUGUACGUUUCGUACUUUUCUUUACUUUCUGUGUGCGUUUUUUUAUUUUUCUUCAUAAGCUUCUUUCUUUAAUCUACUUCUUCCAUUGUUUUUACUUCUCUCUCAAAUAUUUUUCUUAA